AUGCUGGACCUGGGCAAGCUGUCUGUUAGGCAGGCGCUCCAGCAGUUCCUCAACCUCUGCCUCAUUGGCACCACCGCCUUUAUGGCCUGGAAGGCAUUCAGCCUCGCCAUGGACUGCGAGUCGCCUGUCGUGGUCGUCCUAUCGGGCUCCAUGGAACCAGCCUUUCAGCGCGGCGACUUGCUCUUCUUGACAAACCUGCCUACAACGGUCGACAUUGGCGAUAUCGUCGUCUACAACAUCCAGGACCGCUCCAUUCCCAUUGUUCACCGCGUCAUCAAGAGCCACAUUUCAGCGCAGUCGGCGCUCAAUGAGCUAGGCAAGUCAAAGCUUCUUACCAAAGGCGACAACAACAAUGACGACGAUCUGACACUCUACGCGCCUGGGCAGCGCACGCUAGACCGCAAGGAGGAUGUCAUUGGUGUUGUCUAUGGUUUCAUGCCCUAUGUGGGUAUGGUGACGCUCGCUAUGAAUGACUACCCUGCACUCCGCUACCUCAUGCUGGGCGGUAUGGGUCUCACGGCGCUCUUGAGUAGAGAGUAG